GGGCGUUAUUAAUUUGGGCAAGGCUCGCUUGUCUCACUCCUCUUAAAUAUUUUCAAAAUUCCACAAACAGAAAAUCUGUGUUUGCCGGGUUGUCCGUUUUCUAGGAAGCACGAAAUUUUCUCUUUCACGUCCUUGGCUUUAGACGUAUACAAGAAAAGGAUUCGAUCUGUAUUUGUGAUUCAGAUACUGGCCCAAACAUUUGUUUCCAAUGGCCAUGGUAAAAUACAGCAUAUGGAUUUUUCACAUUUCAGUUCUCCUUUUUAUUGCCACUAAGUAUGCAGUGGCAAAUCUCAACAGGAAAGAUUUACCAGUAUCUGAAGUGCUUAAUAACAUGGCUUUUGACAAUGUCACAAAAAAUAUCUUCAUUGGAGGCGAUAAUGUGCUGUUGAAAGCAUCAGAAAAUUUAGUAGCACUCAAAAGACAAGUGACUGGGCCCAAUCUGGACUUUGUAGAUUGUUAUCAUGACUUUGGCCAAACUUGUGCUGGAAAGGUUACAACAAAUAUAAACAAACUACUGCUGAUAGACAGUAGUAAAAGACAUCUAAUAGUCUGUGGUAGCUUCAAUCAUGGAGUUUGUCAGAUACGAAGUUUAGACUCAUUAAAAUUACAAACAAAUAGGACAAUUUAUGUGGUGUCUAGAACACCCUUACAAGCAGCAGCAUUGAUAACACCAGCUGGGAAACGUUCAGGAACACGUGCACUUUAUGUUGCAACUUCUUGGGACAAGGAAUACUUUACAUCUUCAGAUUUGCAGUAUAUUACCCCAGCUGUAUCAACCCGUAUAAUUGAUGAUUUGAAUCGCCUCUUUGAUCCUGCUAAGGAUGCUAUCGCAGCUAAUAGCUAUCUUCAGUACAGAGAAAAUGUAGUAUAUCAUGCAAAAUUUAUUUAUGCAUUUUCAGCAGGUAUUUUCAAUUACUUUGUGUCUGUGCAGCAGACUGUUGAAUCAUUUACAAAGGACUGUAAAGGUGGAUGUUCAACCAAUCAAUCAAAAUUCAAGACAUUUAUAGUUCGCCUCUGCCAAGAGGAUGAAGUCUAUUCAUCAUACAUGGAAUUGCCACUUGACUGCAAAGGGUCAAAUGGAACAUCCUUCAACAUAGCACAGUCAGCUUAUCUUACAAAAGCUGGUGAUGGCCUUGCAGUUGAUGCAUCUACAGAUGUGCUAGUUGUUACUUUUUUCAAGGUUGACAAAGGUUGGAGUGGACCUUCACAAUACUCUGCAGUCUGUACAUAUUCAGUAAAAGAAAUCAAGGCAACUCUGGUGUCUAACCUACAGAACUGUGUGAAUAAUGCUAAAGAUGAAGAGAUUGGUCUUCCAUGGGCCAGUGGUAAAGUUAGAAAAUGUGACGAUGAGAAAUCAAAUCCAAGAAUAAGCGAGAAUUUCUGUCCAACUAGCAUUUCAUUUGGCUAUCAUCCAUUUCGUGGAAAAACUCCUUUGACUAAAAGACCUGUGAUGCAAUAUGAGAAAGGAAUGCUAACUGCUGUUGCUGCAAUGCCAUAUUACAAUCAUACAGUUAUUUUUGUGGGAACCCAUGGUGGUCAGCUUCUUAAGUUGUCUGUGGAAGAUGGACAACAGGAAGUGGAACCUUACAGUGAGUUGAAAAUCAGCUCUGAUGAAGUGCGUCAGAUCAUAGUAACCAGUGACCAGCAACACUUGUACAUCCUUACUAAACACAAGGUGACACAAUUACCUGUUGAAGACUGCGGUGCUUCAAAAUCUUGUGAUAAGUGCACAAAACCAAAUAACCCAUUCUGUGGUUGGUGUACAUUUUAUAAGAGAUGUUCUCAGAAGACUAGCUGCCCUAGCUCUGAUGCACAUCCAUUGCGAUAUGUGACGAACUCAUCUAACUGUCCAGCAUUUGCUUCUAUCAGCCCUAAACAAGUUCCCUAUGGUCCAAGUAUUGAACUGACCAUAAGGGUAUCCAAUGUACCAUCAUUAGCAGGAUUGAAGUGUUUUGUACACGGUAAAGAACAUAGCACAACAACUGUGGGCCCAGGAAAUGAACUGAAAUGUCGAACACCACCUGAGAAAGAUUUGCCAAGCAUUACAAGUGAUAACGGUGAUGUAUUCGUAGAUCUUGCCCUCUUCUCCACUGAGUCCCAGCUGAUAUUCCUUGUUGAAAAGCUAGCGUUUUACAGCUGUCCUGCAAUUAAGGGGUGCAUAAAUUGUGCAGAAGGAAAUUACACAUGCAAAUGGUGCACAUAUCGUGGGAUAUGCACCAGCAAUGGGAAUGUGGACUGUCCUGGGGAAUUUAUAAUGCCUCUACAGGAUCGUGUUGCUGAUUCAAAUGGUUGCCCCCAAAUAAUAGCUGACAAGCCAGUUCUUGUUCCUGCACAAGUCAAUACCAACUUUACUGUGCCUGCUAAAAAUCUUCCUCUGGAAAAGGAUGGUGCCUCUUACAAAUGUGUUGUAACAGUUGAUGGAUCAAGGAAGACAUCAGAUGCCAAACGAAUUAGUGAUACAGAGUUGGUGUGCUCUCCUAUGGAAUAUAAGUACAGUGCAUCCAACAAGAAACAGGAGGUGAAAUUGGAAGUGAUCUUCAGGAAUUCAGAUGUCCUGCACACACCAAAUACUUUCAAAGUGUAUCUGUACAAGUGUUGGGUAUCCAUAAAAGACUGUAGCAGCUGUCACGUGGAAAAUGAUAAAAAUUUUCAAUGUGGGUGGUGCAACUUUGGUGUCCCAAAGUGUGUUGUACAAAAAGCUUGUGGAGAUACAGGAGCAUGGAUUCCACCUACAUCACUGUGCCUUACAAGACCCAAAAUAUCCAAGGUAUGGCCAUUAACUGGUCCAGUGACUGGGGGAACAGAGAUUGAAAUUCAUGGAUCUGACCUGGGAAAAACGUUUAAUGACAUAAAAGACUUUGUUCGGGUGGCAAACAUUAAAUGUUAUCCUGAUGAAACUAAAUAUCAACCCUCCAAAAGUAUUUUCUGUAACACUUCAAAUACUAUUGGACCUUUGAGUGGUCCAGUUUCUGUGUCAGUCAGUAAAAUCAAAGGAGAAUCAAAGCAGCUUUUUUCCUAUCAGAUCCCAGAGCCAAUGGAUUUUAAUCCCAAGAAGGGUCCCAGAUCUGGAGGCACGACUGUAAAAAUCACUGGUCUGAAAAUGAAUACUGGCAGACACAUUACAGCUACAGUUGCUGGCCGAAAGUGUGUUGUUGACAGAGAUAAGGUGACCAAUGACAGCGUAUCAUGUACAGUUAGCAGUACAUUUAGUCGAAGAAAAAGAAGUGCAGUAAAUGCAAGUACAGGUGUCACAGUGUCAUUUGAUGGUUUUACUCCAACCGGUCCGAGGGGAAUAUUUGUAUUUACUCCUGAUCCUACAGUUACAUCUAUUGAGCCAGAUGAAGUUUUUUUUGGUGGAGGUCUGAUGUUACGUAUCACUGGCACCAAUUUGGACACCAUUCAGAAACCAAGAAUGUAUGUCACAUAUUUUUCACCCAAUGGAACUACUAAAUUGAUUCAGGAUUGUGAAUCUAUAAGAAGCACACUUAUCACUUGUCAAAGUCCAAAAGUACCAAAUUUUGGUGGAAAUGUGUCAAAAGUGCAGGUUCAGUUUUUAAUGGACGCUGGUAUACCUUUGCGCUCAAACCACACAAGUUUAACAAUGAUUCCAGAUCUGUUUUUUAAGCGUUUUAAAGAUGAUCUCCAUGUACUGAAGACAGAAAACCUUAUACUUGAGGGUAAAAAUUUGCAAGACAAACUAAGAGAACAGAUCUUUGUGACUGUUGGAAGAUUACCCUGCAAAAUAACAAGUGUUGACAAGACCCAGCUGGUUUGCCUUGUGCCUUCUGAAGAGAGCCAUUCCCCACAAGCAUCUGAUGGACUGUAUUCUGUUAAGGUUGUGGUUGGUAAUCUUAAUUUUCCUUUGGGUAAUCUUGAGUACUUUAAAGAGGAGGAGAGCAAAGUUAUUCCUAUUGAAGUUUGGAUUGGAGUGGGUGGUGGAGUUCUUCUCAUUUUCAUCAUUGUUGUCAUUAUUCUUUGCUGGAAUCGCCAUUCUCGUCGUAAAAAGUCAAAAGCUAUUAAAAACCUUGAGGUGCAGAUGAAUAAUUUGGAGUCCAAAGUUGCUCGAGAGUGCAGGGAAGCUUUUGCUGAACUUCAGACUGAUGUGACAGAUUUGACCAGUGACUUAUCUAAUUCAGGAAUGCCAUUUUUAGAUUUCCGCAUGUAUGCAUUGCAUGUGUUGUUCCCUGGUUUAGGUGAUCACCCUGUGCUUCACAAGCACAAGGGCACUCUCGCAGAAAACUGGGAGAAAGGACUGCGACAAUUCUCCCAACUUAUCUACAAUAAAAAAUUUCUUCUGGUAUUCAUACGCACCUUGGAGUCACAAAAUACCUUUCAGAUGAAAGACAGGUGCAAUGUUGCAUCUUUGUUGAUGGUUGCUCUGCAAGCCAAGAUGGAAUAUGCUACUGACAUAUUAAAGGAGUUACUUUGUGAGUUGAUACGCAAGUCAGUAGCAAAGAGUCAUCCAAAGCUGCUACUAAGGAGAACUGAGUCUGUAGCAGAAAAGAUGCUAACAAACUGGUUGGCCUUCUGUAUGUAUGAUUUCCUCAAGAAUGAUGCUGGAGAGCCAUUAUUCAUGUUGUUUAAAGCACUUAAACAACAAUCUGAGAAGGGACCAGUGGAUGCAGUAACUGGGGAGGCUAGAUAUUCACUUAGUGAAGACAAACUUCUCAGACAAGCUGUGGACUUUAAGCCUCUAAAUGUUACAGUUACCUAUGAAAGCAAUCAGCCUGUGACAGUUUCAAUGUUGGAUUGCGACACCAUCACUCAGGCAAAAGAGAAGAUCUUGGAUGUCUUAUUCAAGAAUUCCCCAUAUUCAAGUCGUCCAGAUAAAGAUGAUUAUCAGCUUGAAUGGGAGCAGAGUUCUGGAAGGGUUAUAUCUUUGCGGAAUGAUGAUUCUAAGUCAUUAAUUGAGGGAGAAUGGAGGAAGAUUAAUACACUUAAAGACUAUGAGGUGACAGAUGGUGCUACGCUGAAGCUUGUCACUGGACAAAGAUACUUUUGCAGCUCAACAGACUCUGAGUUAAACAAAAAGAAUAUACUACGAGUUAACUUCAGUCCUGCUGGAAGUUACAGCCCUUUGGCAGCUAUGAAUACAGAUGGACCAGAUGAGGGUGGCAGGCUGUGGCAUUUGGUUAAACAAAUGGAUUACCCUACUGAAAGGGUAGAAGAUGAUCAUAACAGCAAGUUCUUGUCAGAGAUUUAUCUAACUAGACUGUUGAUGACAAAGGGUACACUUCAGCAGUUUGUAGAUCGGCUUUUUCACACUGUUUUCAUGAAGUAUCGCCGUGGCUGCAGCUUACCUCCAGCUGUCAAGUUUCUCUUUGACCUUCUCGAUACACAAGCUAGAGAACUCAACCUAUCAGAUCCUGAAGUCUUACAUACAUGGAAAAACAACAGUUUGCCAUUGAGGUUCUGGAUAAAUAUAAUUAAGAAUCCAAACUUCAUAUUUGAUGUUUGCAAGUCUGCCAUUGUUGACUCCUGCUUGUCUGUUGUUGCACAGUUGUUCAUGGAUUCCUGUUCUGUGUCUGAGCAUGUCCUGGGAAAGGAUUCACCAUCAAAUAAACUGCUCUAUGCAAGAGAAAUUCCAGGAUAUCGCCAAGAUGUUGAGAGGUUUUAUUCUGAUAUACAAGCAUCACCUGCCCCAACACCUCAAGAGUUAUCAAAGUUCUUUAGUGAUUUCUCCAUGGAACAUAGUCAAGAGUUUGAUGGUGACAGUGCCCUCCAGGAAUUGUAUGAUUAUGUCAGAAAGUAUCAAGAUCAGCUGCAAGAUGCUUUAGAAGAGUCUGAGUUAUCACCCCUGGCUUCCAAGCUUGAGCAUGUUAUUGCUACAAUCUCAGAUGACUAACAGACAUAAUUAUGAUAUUAGCUGUUAGCUCUGGUCACAUAUGACAUAAUUCAUGGUAUAAUUGUUUUAAUAAGUCACAUAUUAAUUGGUUACUGGUACUUGAUGAACUGAAAAGUCAAACAUGCAGGAUAAAAAGGGAAGAGAAAAUGAAAAAUAUAAAUGUAAUUGGAAAGCAACUUAACUAAUGAGAAUGGGAGGGAUUGAGGGUCACAAGUCCCUUUUUUCAUUCCUGGUGUACACCAUAACAGGAGUUGUUUUUUGUUGAAAUGAUCACACUUAAAUGUUGAUAUGAAUGCUUUUGACAGUCUUAAGAGGGACAUUCUUUUAGCGACAUACAGCAAAUACAGUAAGACAUUAAAAAAAGGAGAAAUAAAUGGAUGUUAGAGCAUUUCAACUCUCAAAACCAACUGAAAGUACCCAGCAAAACAUAAGCAUUUUAGAUUAUCGACUCUGCUGAUGAAACCAAAUGACAGUAUAAACCUGCACUUAAAAAUAAUUUGUUUCUAGCUUUUUUUCCCUUUUCUUAAAGAAGUAGGCUCCAGAAACCCUGUAAUUGGUAUUUCCACAAGUAAAAGAAUUAAUGAAAAUCUACUCUUUUGCAUGGUUUGAGAUUCUGAAAAGUAAAAGAAUAGGUUUUCAAACUGGUUGCUAUUUUGCCUAAGGACACUGGCAGUUUGAGAACUUUUUUAUGGUGAAGAAGAUUAAAUGGCUCCCAGAGUAUACUUUUCCUUGAAUGUAAAGCAAUCUAUGGGUCAAGAGGAUCCUAUUCUAAAAUAGGUAAUCAGGUAGAUACUAACUGGAUGAAUUACCUUCAUCACUGAAUAGAAGUUAACAUUAAUGGCAGGAAAUCAUGUUUGUUAAGUUCACCCUUUCAUCUAUUUGUACAUAUGUAACACCAUUUACUAUCCAACUGCAUUAAGUAGCAUGCAAAUAGUGCAUGGAUUGAGCUCAAAUACCUUGCAAUAUUGCAAGGCCAUUUGGACAGUUGGUUGUUUUGCAUUGUAAAAAAUAACCUGUUCAACAGGUUUAGCUAUACUUGGGUGAGUUGUUUAAAAGGAGAAAUAGGGGACAUUUUUGCAAAUCAUGCAUAAGAAAUGAUAAGAUAAGGCAGUUGGAUAAUAAGUAACUUAUUACACAUUUUGUGUGUAGCAUUUAUUUACUGAAUAGUUAUUUACCACUAAACUAUUGGUGGUGUUUCAGCUCUAUGGGGUCAUACAGUAAUUACCAUAUAUUUCAAGCCCAAGCUAUGUUGUUUGCAAUUUGUAGAAGUUUUAUUAUUGGGCAAGGAACCUGUUUAAAGGAAGUUAGAUUAAGUGAGGUACUGAAAACAACCAAAGGAGUAUUUAUGGACUUCUUCUGGUGCAACAGCAAGAAGAGAAAGUGUACAUGCACAGGCUCCCUUAACAACUGACAGAAUAUGACAACAAUUUUCUAUACAUUGGGAGGUAAAUUCAGUAGUUGCUGCAUUAAAAAUUUAUUUUGUUACUUGUAUCACAGGGUGCAAGAAAAUUGACACAGGUUGUUGAAAGAGUUGUCUAGUAAAACAGAGUCUUGUUACUAUCCCCUAAGUAGAAUUAUGAGGGGAAAUAUUGUGUCAGUAUUUUUCAUGAGCUACUUCUUGUUUGGCAAGCAUUUGAACUUUCCUUGCUGUACACAAAGUGUUCUUUCCUUAAUGGUCAAGGAUAAGUUGCCAUUGGUAGUUGUGCAGAUUGUAGAUAUAUCUGCACAUAGUGUUGAAUUUCCUCCCUUUCAGUAAGAUAGCACUCCAUAUGGUAAGGAGGAAAUAAACAUUGAUCUUAUUGUUUAUAUUAAUGUCAAUACCUUCAAGUGAGAAACUAAAAGAUUUUUGUAUAUUCUUGUUAAGAUUUGCUAAAAUACUGGCCACCAAUGGGACUUAAUUAUUGUCAGGCUUAUAAACUUUUGUGUUAAGGAUAGAGUGACUUUAUUUUCACCAAAGUGUAACUUAAAAUUGUACAAGCAGUUUCUAAUAUGAUAAUAAUGUUAAUAAAGUAUUUUGUUUUUUUU